AUAGUUUUUCUAAAUUAAGCAACUACGAAUACGAGAUAAGAAAAAUGGCUAUGGACAUUGAUCCGAUCCAAGGAGUGAACCAAACCAAAGGAUAGCACAACAAGGCCCAAAAAUCCUGGAAAAUGAAACAGGCUAAGUGAAACUGAGUGGUUUGUGCACCUUGUUGGUUGAUAUUUUCACAACGAGUGGUGGAAAGCCCUUAAAAAAAAUUAAAAAAGGAAACCAAUAAAUAAAACCAAAAACCCAAAUCAAAUAAUCCCAUGACUCAAUCGAAACAGCAAUGAAAAUAUCUGAAACUGUAAAAGAAACAACAAAAACAUAGAUAAACAGCUUACUUAAAAAAAGAGAGGUAGUUUAAUUUCUUUUGAAGUUAGCCAAGUAAAGCCAUGACUCUUCAAGCAACUUCCUGUAACUUUGGAGGCAUUUCAUCUCUUCUUUGUCCUCCGAAAACUUCCCGUCACCGCUUUGUAAUUAGAGCUAAAGUGGAACCAUCAGAGAAAUCUGUUGAAAUAAUGAGGAAAUUCUCAGAACAGUAUGCACGUAAGUCAGGAACAUAUUUCUGUAUGGAUAAGGGAGUGACUUCUGUUGUAAUCAAGGGAUUGGCAGAGCAUAAAGAUACAUUGGGUGCUCCACUCUGCCCUUGUAGGCAUUAUGAUGACAAAACUGCUGAGGCAGGGCAGGGAUUUUGGAAUUGUCCAUGCGUUCCUAUGAGAGAGAGGAAGGAAUGUCACUGCAUGCUCUUUCUCACUCCAGAUAAUGAUUUUGCUGGCACGGAUCAGGUAUAUUCUUUGAUUAUUAUAUUUUUUCUUCUCAGUACUUACAAGCAUCAUAUUUAUAGCCGAUAUUUUCUUGCGAUUUCUUCUCUGGCAACAUGCAUUUGUUUUUCUUGCUGUGCAGUCCAUCACAUCGGAAGAAAUCAAGGAAACAACAGCAAACAUGUAGCACUUGACACUUUGAAUUUUACUUCUCUAAACAGUCAUAACUUGUAUUUGGCCACAGAAAAAGAAGAAAAACCAACAGAAGUUGUAUUUGUAAGUAUGCUUGUAUGUCAAUAGGGGAUAAAUUCCUUGCUUGUUUUCCAUCCUUUUACUUGCCUUCCCUUUUAUUUGAAAUUACAGUAGUUUAACUCAUUGUAUCUGUGUUCUUUAACCUCCUCCAUGAAACCUGUUCAUCUGCUGCC